AUGCUGGGGGCAGUGAUGCUGGGGGCAGUGCUGCUGGCGAGAGCGGGGGCGGCCGCCUCCUGCGCGCCCGGGCCCGCCGCCCCCCAGGAGGUCUCGCCGCCUGAAGGCCUGACGCGGCUGGCGCGCCGCUACUCGCUCGGCCUGGCCCAGGGCAGAGAGACCCCGCUGCAGCUGCUGCGCCGCCACCCGGGGCUGCCCGCCGCGGCGCUGGCGGGGCGGGGCCCCCUGGCCGUGGCCUACCGCGCCAGAGCGGGCCCCGGGUCGCCGCGCGCCGCCGCCGCAGGGGACGACCUGGAGGGCUUCCGCCGCGGCCUGGAGGCGGCGCGCAACUCCAGCGGGGGCUGGGCGCCGCCCUUCUGGAGCUGCCUCACCGCCUCCUGGCUGCUGGGCUUCGCCGCGCCCUUGCACUCCCCGCACAGGGGAGCGGUGGGGGUGUUCUUCUCGAUGGAGCAGCUGGGCGGCGACCCUUGCAACGAGUCGCUCAGCCCCGGGGCCGGCGGCCACCGCUGCGACCCGGAGACCUCCGAGUGCCUGCCGGAGAUGGGAGAAGACGCGGCGGCCGGCUACACGUGCGUCUGCAGACCUGGGUUCUUCUCGCUCAGCCCUCGCUUCGGCUGGAGGUCGUUCUCCAGCCUCCAUCUGGACCAAGUCGAGGAUCUCGACAUCUACAGGUGCGCGCCGUGCCCCGAGCAGUGCGACUCGUGCGUCGGCGCGGGCGCGUGCAUGGCGCGCACGGACCGCCUGCUGCGCUCCGCCGUGCUGGGCGCGCAGCUGCUCUGCAUGUGCGGCACGGCCGCGCUCGCCCUGGUCGUCUUCAAGCAGCGCAAGUGCAAGACCAUCGCCUCUGGGAUGUGGACAAUCCUGGAGAUGAUCCUGUUCGGCAUCAUGUUGUUGUACGCCACGGUCGUGGUGCGUUUCUUCGACCCGUCAGCGGAGCAGUGCCUCUUGGAGCCGUGGUGUCGCGAGCUGGGCUUCGUGCUCUGCUACGGCGCCAUCAUCCUCAAGCUGUACAGGAUCCUGAUCGAGUUCAGGACGCGGAAGGCGCACCGCUGGGUGGUGCGCGACAAGGACCUGCUCAAGUACCUGCUGGGCAUGGUGCUGGUGGUGCUGGGCUACAUGGCCGCGUGGACCGCCACCAACCUCAACUUCAUCCGCGAGGACUACCACGUGGUGGAGCUGGGCCGCACCCUGGACGGCCUGCAGUUCCUGGCCUGCAAGGCGCUGUGGUGGGACUACGUCACGGAGACGGGCGAGAUCCUGAUCCUGGUGUUCGGCGUCCACCUGAGCUACGCGUGCCGCAACGCCGCGACGCAGUUCCAGGAGAGACGCUUCCUGUGCCUCGCCAUCUGCGUGGAGGCGUGCGUGAGCGGCGCCUUCUACGUGCUGCGCGUCUUCUACGCGGCGUCGCUGCACCCCGACGCCGCCUACCUCGCCUACUUCGCGCGCAGCCAGCUCACCUCCACCGUCGUGCUGAUCGUCAUAUUCGUGCCUAAGAUUGUCCAUGUCAAAGGAGCAGAUAAUAACGUGGCAGAUGCCCUGUCGCGCAUGUAUGACCAAAGUGAGUUUGAGGUGCGGGAGAUGGGACACACGCACACGCCUCCUCCGCAGCUGUGGUACCAGCGCCGGCAGGCGGGCGACUCGCGCGCCGCGCGCCGCUACACGGCGCAGGAGUUCUCCGCCAGGACGCCGCUGGACGCCUUCAAGCCGCAGGAUGGCGUCGCGACGCCCGGCGGCGGGGAGGCGGACGUCGGCGAGAUCAACCUGGCCGACAUGAACCCCGAGGACAUCCGGGCGGAGCUGAAGCGCCUGUACACGCAGCUCGAGGUGCUGAAGAACAAGACCAUCCGGGCCGACAACCCGCACAUAUCCAAGCGCCGAGGCGGCCGCAAGGUGGCCCACCGCCGCUUCUCGCUGCAGAAGAAAGGAAGUAGGGAUAAGGCGCUGCACCACCGCCACCAGAGCCGCUCCGUGCGCCACCCGCACGACCACGAGCCGGGGGAGGGGGAGGUGUCCCGCACGCCCGAGGACUCGGUGUGCAGUGUCGAAGGCCCCAGCGCCAUCUACAACGACGGGCCCUCCACCUACAGCGAGCUGGGCGCGCCCUACCGCGCGCCGCACAAGCAAUGA